GGGAGAGGAGGAAAUAGGCCCGAUAGUGAACCGCUAAGCUAAAGUGGUUAAGUUUCUUUGGAGGACUUUUCUGGGGUUGCGGGAAAUGGGGAGCAACUUAUAUCGGUGAAAGUAGCUUGUAGACAGGGUGCGUGGAUUUCCCUUUCAUGCUUAGCUAGGGCCCUUUCCUGUCGGGGCCACAAUGUCUCCCCUCAUGAGGCCACAGGCAGCCUAGUUUUUGGCCUCUCUGGCGCUCCGUUCCCAGAGAAAUCCGAAGCGUCGGCCUUGCCCCACCUGUCCUUCAGUGGACGCCGGCUGCCAUGGCGACGCUGCUGCGCCGGGCUCUGUUCCCUCUUCGCCGGAUCCCGAGCAGUCCCCGGCCGGCUGCAGCAGAUGUGCCCUUCCGGGCCAGGAGCCAUGGCGCCGGCCUGCUCUACCCCGACCACAUCCCCACCUCCCCGCUGCAGAAGGCGCUGCUCGCCGCGGGCUCUGCGGGAAUGGCGCUCUACAACCCGUACCGGCACGACAUGAUUGCAGUUCUAGGGGAGACCACAGGAUGCCAUACCCUGAAGGUCCUCAGGGACCAGAUGAAGAGGGAUCCAGAGGGUGCCCAGAUCCUACAGGAGCGUCCCCGGAUCUCACUGUCCACCCUGGAUCUGGGCAAGCUUCAGAGCCUGCCUAAAGGCUCAUUUGGCCGCGAGUAUCUCCGUUUCUUGGAUGUGAAUAGAGUCUCCCCAGACACGCGAGCGCCCACCCGCUUUGUGGAUGACGAGGAGCUGGCAUAUGUGAUCCAGCGUUACCGGGAGGUACAUGACAUGCUUCACACUCUGCUGGGCAUGCCCACCAACAUCCUGGGAGAGAUCGUGGUGAAGUGGUUUGAGGCUGUGCAGACUCGCCUCCCCAUGUGCAUCCUGGGUGCACUCUUUGGACCAGUUCGUCUCAGUGCUCAGAGCCUGCAAGUGCUGGUCUCGGAGCUGAUCCCAUGGGCAGUUGAGAAUGGGCGCAGGGCCCCAUGUGUCCUCAACCUGUACUACGAGCGGCGCUGGGAGCAGCCCCUGAGGGCCCUGCGAGAGGAACUGGGCAUCACAGCACCGCCCCUGCGUGUCCAGGGCCUGGCCUAGUCUGAGUGCUGCGCCAGGGCACUGGUCUACCUCCCUACCCACUGCCUCCAGGGACAGAAGACACCUUUGCCACUACCUUUUCUCCUCCUUUUUGAACACUGACCUUUGGAUGUCA